CGUCUGACUUUCCUUUUAUUUGGGUUUUUUUUUAACUGCAGUCGCUAUGUCCGAGACGGCUCCCGCUCCACCGGCCGCUCCCGCAGCCCCGGCCCCCGCGGAGAAGACCCCGACCAAGAAGAAGCCGAAGAAGCCGGCGGGCGGAGCCAAACGCAAGGCCGCGGGUCCCUCGGUGUCCGAGCUGAUCACCAAGGCGGUGGCGGCGUCCAAGGAGCGCAACGGGGUGUCCCUGGCCGCGCUGAAGAAGGCGCUGGCCGCCGCCGGCUACGACGUGGAGAAGAACAACAGCCGCAUCAAGCUGGGGCUCAAGAGCCUGGUCGCCAAAGGCACCUUGGUGCAGACCAAAGGCACCGGCGCCUCGGGCUCCUUCAAGAUCAACAAGAAGGCGGCCGGCUCCGAGGGCAAGGCCAAGCCCAAAGCCAAGAAACCGGCGGCGGCGGCGGCUAAGCCCAAGAAAUCGGCCGGCGCCGCCAAGAAGCCCAAGAAGCCUGCGGCUUCCGGGGCCAAAAAGAGCGUGAAAAAGACCCCGAAGAAAGCCAAGAAGCCGGCGGCGGCCAAGAAACCUGCCAAGAGCCCCAAAAAGGCCAAAGCGGUUAAGAAAGCAGCCAAGAGUCCGGCCAAGCCUAAGGCUGUCAAGCCCAAAGCGGCUAAACCGAAGGUUGUAAAGCCCAAGGCAACCAAGCCCAAGAAGAAUACAGCGGCCAAGAAGAAGUAGGAAGGCCUUGCGUUAAUUCUGUCUUCCACCCCAAAGGCUCUUUUCAGAGCCACCCACAGAUCUCAGACAAAGAGCUAAGUACACGUCGUUAGUACCUUGUUCCUUGGCGGGAGGGAGAUAAAGCGACUUCCUUAAUUAGGAAUGGCAAUUACUGAGCGCUAAGUGCAGGCGACUGCACAAUGUUUCCUGUCUAAAACGAAUUUACAGCCCCCUCCUCCAGAAUUUGGAAUGCAUA